UAUUACUAGGUUUUCAAGCAAGUGGGAGACUUUAAUAGGUUGAUUUGUGGAUCUAGGAGGAUUUUAACACUUUCAUACAAUCCUUGCUCUGUCCAGACUUGGUACUCUGGAGCCAUAGCCAGUGUUUCCUCAUUCGCAAAAUUCAUCUUUACAGAAAGAUGCGGAAAUUGUACGAGAUUGGAAGUUACUAUCUGAACUUGGAGAUUGAUGUUCAAUAACGUGGGAUCGGCAUGUGAGUGUUAGGACAGAAUGAUCUAAAAUCUCGGGGCCGUUGACGAGCUAUUGCAGCGUUGUUCAAUGCCUUCCUAGAAGCUCAAACCUCAAUGAAAAUUUAAAAUAGGAGCCAUGUGCCCCAAGCUCAAAACCUUCGAUCUCGCUUUCGUCAACUCUUAUCCCUAGUAAUGUGGCCUUGGUCAAAUUCACCUUCAUUUUCAAGUUUCAGGAAUUCUCUAGUUUCGUUUACUUUGCUUUUCAUCUUUUUCAAUUGGCAUAAUUGCUUGUACGGUAAGCAUUUUCUGAUUUCUUGCUGUAACGACGCCGUUGGUCCCUUUUAUUUGUUAGAUUUCAUUGCGAUUGGAGAUGAUACUUCUCAGUCCCAACAAGAUAAAGAUGCCAAAGCUAAAUGGCCUCGGGAAGUUGGGAGUAUGGAAAAGUGUUCACAGGACUAUCUUUAUACUGGGUGCUUGUGCUCUUCUCGUUUCUGUUGCUACCUUGUCUAGAUCUUACUCUAUUAGAUCUCCCCUUGUUACUGAUUCCUUCUGCAAUCAUGUAAACCUUGAGAAUCCACGUAGAGGUGAAAGUGAAGUGAGUGUAAAUGUUGAGGCUGUAGUUAAAAAAAUCCGACAAGAACUGAAUGAGUUGAGAGACAUGUCAAAAGAGUCGUCAUCAUCAGAAAUCUUGCUCAGACACAGUGCUUUUCUUUCUGAUAUUCUUGGUCUACUUGACUCGGUUCAGGCAUCUUUGACAUCAACUAGACAGCAGAACAUUGAAAACAAGGGCGUCCAUCCCCUGGUAAAACCGAGACAACAAUCUGAUGAGCCUGCGGACUACUUUCUGAUUGAAGAGAUUCGAAAGUAUGUCAGGAUCAAGCCAAACAGAUUAGGAAAACAAAACUUCAUGGGAGCUAAUGGCACAUUCACAAGCAUUGGUCACGCUUGUUUUGCCAUGAAGAGAGAGCUUGAAGAGUACAUGGAUUAUGAUGUUGGUGAAAUCUGCAAUGACGAUUGGAAACUAGCUCAGAAACUAAUGGUUCAUGGUUGCGAUCCGUUACCAAGAAGAAGGUGCUUUGCAAGAGCGCCGCAGCUCUACAUCCAGCCAUUCCCCAUAACCGAGUCCUUGUGGAAGCUUCCUGAUGAUCGCAAUGUUCGAUGGAGUGGAUACAGAUGCAAGAACUUCACUUGUCUGGCAAACAAUGCUACUGGGAAGGGAUUCUUCAAAUGUGCAGAUUGCUUUAAUCUUUCAGACCAUGAGAUGCCCAGAUGGAUUAAACCAGUGGAUGUAGACCCUGAAACAAACUUGACAGCAGAUUUUUUGAUACCUGAAGUGCUGGAUAUUAAGCCUGGGGAGAUUAGAAUUGGUUUGGAUUUCAGUGUAGGAACCGGGACUUUUGCAGCUAGGAUGAGGGAGUUCAAUGUCACGAUAGUUUCAGCAACAAUCAACCUCGGGGCUCCUUUUAAUGAGAUGAUAGCUCUUCGAGGACUAGUCCCUCUUUAUUUGACUAUAAAUCAGCGCCUCCCGCUCUUCGACAACACCCUGGAUUUGAUACACACGACGAGAUUUCUUGACGGUUGGAUUGAUUUGGUACUCCUUGACUUUGUGUUGUUUGACUGGGAUAGAGUUUUGAGACCAGGAGGUUUGCUCUGGAUUGACAGUUUUUUCUGUUUGAAAGAAGACCUGGAAGAUUACUUGGAAGCCUUCAAGGUGCUAAGGUACAGAAAACACAAAUGGGUUGUUGUUCCAAAGCGAGAUAAAGAUGAUCGAGAGGUGUUCUUUUCUGCUGUACUUGAGAAGCCGCCAAGGCCAUUCCGAUGAGCGUAUACAUUGAAGUAAGAUACUGUUCUGUUCAUUAUACAUAUCUAUAUAGCCAUGUGGUUCAUCAUAGUUUUCAUUUUAGAAUCCAGGCAGAAGUUUCUAUCCAGAAUUGAAAAAUUUUUGUUUCUUGCCAUAAUGUUUCUAGCCGCCAAUCUAGAAGUACUAAGCAAUUUCUGAAUUCUGGUAGAGUUGAAGACAUUCUGGUCUCUGCUAUAUUAGUUUCUAUUGAGCAUUGCUACACAUUUAGACUAAAAGCCUAGAGAGGUUUAAAUUUCCGUACAGAUGGAGAAACAAUUAAUCCAUCGAGAAGAAGAAGGCAUAUGAUUGAGCUAUGAAGCAUCUCAAUUUUCAUUAGGCUGUCUUGUUCUUUGCUGAUUGUGACUACGGGUGUUGAGAGAGAUUUUUGGACAUCCAAAGGCCCAAAGCUUAUAAAAAUGGAGUCGGCCCACCGAAACAGAUGAAACAGAACCAUCCAUGGAACUACCAUACGAAUUGUUUUGGACAGGGGACCAUUCAAUGUUUCGGACGUGAAUCUUCCAUUUUUCCCAUCCUGAGCCCCAUGCUUGUAAAAAGACUCUUCCUUUUCCCAUCCCAAAGCGUCCAAGGAUUACAACACUGUCAAUAUGUGAUCCAAAUUCCGAUUUGACUAAUGAAUGACCUACUCCCAAAUGCCAGUCCAUUCUGGAUGCCGCAUGUUACCAAUUUCGUUUCCGAUUCUCUAAUGUUUUUUCAAAAUAUGAAGAUGUAAUUUAAUACUAUCUUUCAA